AUGUCAAGUUCAAAACCUAAAACAGUGUUCAUAACAGGUGCUUCAAGUGGUAUCGGAUACGCAUUAGCCAUUGAAUUUGCUAAAAGAGGUUAUAAAGUGUUUGCAGGGGCUAGAAAUGUUGUCAAGUUGAAAUCAUUAGAGCAAUAUGGUGUUAUAAUUCAUCCAGUAGAUAUCACAGAUAAGGAUUCAAUUUAUAAGAUUAAAGAAUUCAUUGAAGAAGAAACUGGUGGUGAAUUAGAUAUUUUAUAUAAUAAUGCCGGGGUUGCACCUCCUAAAAGUUCAGUAUUUGAUUUAGAUACUGAUGAAUUACGCCAUACUUAUGAAGUUAAUUUCUUUGGUCAUGUUGAAGUUAUUAAAGCUUUCCACAAGAUGAUUGUGGCAACUAAAGGAUCUAUUGUUUUCACCGGUACUGCUUUAAAUUAUAUUGCUGCUCCUUUCCAUAGUUCUUACUCUUCUUCAAAAGGUGCUCUACAUCAAUUAGGUAAAAAUUUGGCUACAGAAGUGAAUGCAUUAGGUAUUAAAGUUUUCCAAGUUGCCACUGGCGGUGUUGAAUCAGAAAUUGAUAAUAAUAAUGGAACAAGUGAACCACCCAUUAAUUCAAUAUAUCAUUUAGAUGAUGGGAAUAUAUUUGAUUUUGGAUUUGAUGUUAAGCAAAAAGCAGAUAUUUAUGCAAAAAAUGUUGUUAAUGACAUUGAAAGCUUCUUGAAAUGGGGAUGGUGGUCAAAUUAUAAAAUCAUAUAUAGAGGUCAUGAAGCUUCAUUAGCUCGUGAAUUGGAUAUAUUUUUCCCUUACUGGUUAUGGCCUACUUUUAUUGUUAGAUUCUUGAAAAUUGACUCAGCUUUUGCAAAGAUUAGAGCCAAACUUUCAAAGCCAAAGACAUCCUGA